AUGAAUUAAUAAUCAAAGCAUAAGUCUCUCCCUCCCAAAAAAAUAAUACCUAAACACAAUGAGUUCAAAGAUAUUGAGCAUUGUCCAUAAGCAAUCAAGCAAAUCAUUAGUAAUAGUAAUGCUUCUCAUACUAAAAAUUUUCAUAAAUCUGCAGAAAAAGAUCACUAACAACCACAAGAGAAGAAACAUUUGCAUUCUACUGUACAACAGUACAAUCAAAAUGUUGGCAAGAUGUUUACGUCUACUAAGUAUGGAGUCGCAUAUAUGUAAAAAAAAGUCAUGCAUAAUAUUGAUUAACUAUGA